AGCGUUUGCAAUCUGCGGCCUGGUUGACUUUCAUAUCAAGACCAUUUUUACUGUAUUUACUGAGAGCUUUUCAAACACACAGGCCUUCAGUCAUGUCAGACAAAGGACAAGACGUCGAUUUGACUAGGGCCAAACAAAACACAGGAGUCUGGCUGGUGAAGGUGCCCAAAUAUCUUUCUCAACAGUGGACUAAGGCAUCUGGACGAGGAGAAGUUGGCAAACUUAAAAUUGGGAAAGUUCAAGGGAAGACUGUGGUCUCUUUCAGUUUGAACGAGGAGCUGGCGGUUGUUGAGAGCUCUGAGGAGAAGGUUUCAUCCGUUCGGGUUCCCAAAGAACAUCCCUUCAACAUGCAGACGGUGGGAGCUCAGACCCUUGCUGUCUUUACUGAGAGUUCAGACAAGGUGUCUCUUGAAGGCAUGGUUGUGCAGCGUGCCGAGUGCAGACCUGCAGCCAAUGACAGCUACAUGAAAUUAAAGAAGCUGCAGAUAAAAGAAUCCACCAAACCUCUACGAUUAUCCCAAAGGCUUGAUAAAGCUGUUACAUCCAAUUACAAACCUGUGUCUAACCACAGUCAUAAUGUGGAAUAUGAGAAGAAAAAGAAAGAGGAAGGCAAGCGUGCAAGGGCUGACAAGCAGAAGGUUCUGGAAAUGCUCUUCUCUGCCUUUGAAAAGCACCAGUACUACAACAUUAAAGACCUGGUGGAAAUCACAAAGCAACCAGUGAUUUAUCUGAAGGAGAUUUUGAGAGAGAUUGGAGUUUAUAAUCCUAGAGGACCUCAUAAGAGCACAUGGGAGCUGAAACCAGAGUAUCGACACUAUGAAGAAGGAGAAGAAGAUGAAGAGAAGAUGGAGUAAUUCACUUCAGAUGUCCACUGCUGUCCAAAGCACGGUUUACUUUUAUUUAAUCCGUAUAUUGUUCCUUUUCAUUUAGCCUUUUGGGCAGUAUGAAUAAUUUUUUUCAAGAUGAAAAAGACAAAAUGUACAAAAGAAAUGAAGAUGGUUGUUUCAUAAUAUUCAGUUUUUUCCAGAGUUUAAGACAAGUGGCUGUCUGGGUGUGUUAUGAAAUGAAUACUAAAAUUUGCAUAUGACUCUUGCGUUCAUCUUAAGUGAAAGGCAGUUAAAAGCACAUUAAUAAUGAACCAGUAAUAAAAACACAGAUCCUUUGAAAUCACUGUUUGGAGUUUAACAUUAGUGAAUAAAUCAGCCUCUGCGUCCAGCUGCAAUUCUUCCAGCAUCCUUGAACUUGGGAUUUGAGCCCCGGCCUCAGGUUCACUUUCUCUGGCAGUUCAGACUCCGAGCUCCCUUCGGGCACAGCAAGCCAAGUUCGUUUAGCAUUAAGACUGAAUGCGCAGGUAAACUAGUUUAGAAAUGUAGUACUACUUAAAGGCUCAUUUAGCCAGUGCAAAGGUAUACAUACUCUGUUUCUAAUAUUUUCAGCAAUUUCCUUGACUUUGUUUUUGAGAUGUUUUGUGCCCGAGUCUUUAUUUUGUCCUGAACAGACAGAGGAUCCAUUAAUUGUUCUUAUGAAAAAAUUCCAGCAUCUUCUAGGCAUUCAAGUAGAGUGUUGCAGUAAUGACACAUUUAUGUAGGCCAACCUGGAAGUUAGCAGGACACUGGUUCCUUUUGUCAAAAAAUCAUUUAUUUUAUGCAUAGACUUUUGGAUUAUAGCAAAAAUAUGACACAUUUUGCCCAACAAGAUGAUCGUCACAGAUGAACACAACAUUUACAACGCCUUUACUGGGUCUCUCGACGUCAACGUCAUCACCACCAAGCUUCCAACAGCUCUUUCACACUUUAUUAAACACAUUUGUAUAUUUCUCCCUAAUGAGGAAAUACUCUGUGGAUUAUUCUUUGUUGGGAAUUGUGCCCAUGGUGCAUUGUUUUUGAGAUCUUAAUGCGUGAUGACGUUUAAAUUCACAUAGUCUGUAGUCCCAUUUAGCAACUGCCCUUUUAAAGACACUUUAAAGCCUUAUAAAUUCACUAGUUGGGGUAUUACUGGUGUGUAUGUCGCAGAAUUAAAUGCGAAAAUAUACUGGGCUUAUUUUAACCCAAAAUCUUAUUUAAGAAGUUUAACCAAAACCCCAUUGACUUUAGAACGAUGGAACUGAAAGUGCUAAAAUGCUAACUCUCUUCCGGGUUUUGCAUAAAAAAAUACAUCAUCCCUGUGGCACUGUAUAGUGGCUACAGGGUGUGAAUUUGAGAUUCAGCUUUUCAC